AUGUGCCUGAAAGCAAAUUACGGUUAUGUACAGUCGAAGGCGGCCACUAGGGAAACUAUCGGAUGCAUCCGCGACGCUGGUGGCAACCCAACGCUCAUUAGCUUGGAAAAGGCUUCUGCUCUACAACAUCAUUUCGAAGCAUUGUGCACUGUGGACCCGGGCAAUACCGUGCAGGCACAAAGUACCACGACCGAGCGCCCCAUGGAUAAAAUCUUAAUCGGGCCACAGAAAGUUGAAAAAACUAUUGAAGCACUAGACAGGAACAAACCUGCAGGCCCAGACGACAUGCACCGCGCGAUCUUAAAACCAUUGAAGGGGAUCUUAGCACGCCCUUUAGCCAGCCUAGUUAUCAAGUCGGUCGAGACAGCCACCUUCCCAAGUGACUUUAAAGCGGCCAUAGUCACCCAUAUCUAUAAGGGGGCGACAGAAAUGCCGCCUUAA